UCCACCGGUAAGCCGCGCCUCAAACCUGCUAUCAAAUACCGCUUCCAUAAUCGAUUUCCCAAACGAACCCUCUACGAACCGUUUCACACCUCUAGCAUCCACGGAACAAGCUUUUGAAAAAUGUCCGGACAAGACCAGAAGAUGCCCUCGGCCGAUUUGAUCACCCUCACCAGGCAUGUGCUGGACCAGCAGUACACCUUGGGCGACAACGCUAGUGGUGAUCUGACCCUGUUGUUGACCGCCAUCCAGGUCACCAGCAAGUACAUUGCCAGCAACGUCCGAAAAGCCCGAUUGAUCAACUUGGUCGGUCUGGCCGGUGCCGAGAACGUACAGGGAGAGGAGCAGAAGAAGCUGGAUAUCCUGAGUGACGAGAUCAUGGUCAACGCCCUGCGAGCGAGUGGAAAGUGUUCCGUCUUGGUGACCGAAGAGCGGGAAGACGCUAUCAUUGUCGGAUCCAACCCUUCGCACGCUCACCUGGUCGGCAACUACUGUGUUACUUUCGAUCCUCUUGACGGAAGCAGUAACAUCGACGCCGGAGUCAACGUUGGUACGAUCUUUGGGAUCUACAAGGUCAAGGAGGGCUCCAAGGGUACGCUCGAGGACGUCUUGAGGCCUGGAAGGGAGAUGGUCGCUGCUGGAUACACCAUGUACGGCUCCUCCUGUAACUUGGUCCUCUCGACCGGUCAGGGAGUCAACGGAUUCACCUUGGACGAGUCUCUCGGAGAGUUCAUCUUGACCCACCCCGAGAUCACUAUUCCCAAGCGAGGCAAGAUCUACUCGUUCAACGAGGGAAACUCGAAAUACUUCCACAAGCCCACUUUGGAGUACCUGGAAUCAAUCAAAUACCCCAAGGACAACAAGAGCCCCUACAGCGCACGAUACAUCGGAUCGAUGGUAGCCGACGUCCACCGAACCUUGCUGUACGGAGGAAUCUUUGGUUACCCAGGCGACACCAAGUCCAAGGACGGCAAGCUGCGUAUCUUGUACGAGGCCUUCCCCAUGGCUUACCUGACCGAACAGGCCGGUGGAGCCGCCACGACGGGUACCGAGAGGAUCCUGGACGUCCAGCCUACUGGGAUCCAUCAGAGGUUGCCGGUCUUCCUCGGUAGCGAGGACGACAUCAAGGACCUGAUGAGCUUUUACAAGAAGUAGAGCGUAGCGAUUUGAACGUUUGGGGAGCUGGGGGUUUCGAACCAUUUUUUUCUCCUUGCAUGAGCAUAAAGAGUAGUCUAUCCAGUCGAGAUGGUCGUUGUAGAAA